CAGACACAAAAGAAGGGAAGAGUUUUAAAAGAUUUCCUGCUGAACCAUUGGAUCGGCCUGUGAAAGUCCCCUGUUGUCAAACACCCUGAAACUGUCCACGUUGAGCAGGCGAGGCAAGUGAGGGGGGGGGCAACAAGUAAGAUUUAAUGGCAGCGGCACUCUAGGGCUGCCAUGGCAGCUGCUGCCGCUGAUGCCUCACACCGUUUUACCGCACUGACGCCGGAGGAAGAGGGACGACGGACUGCCGCCAAGCUGUUUGGGAGCGCUGUCCAGCUGCCACGGACGGAGAGAGAGCGAGACAGGGGGAAAGAGAGAGACAGGGAGCGGGACGGGCAGGGGGACGAGGUCGGGAGCGAGUGUUUGGUGUGCGGGGCUCUGUUCGCCUCGCAGGAGAAGCUGCAGGUCCACGCCCUGAGUCACACCGGAGAGAAACCCUUCCACUGCUCACAUCCACACUGUCUCAAGGCCUUCAGCUCCAAAUACAAACUGUUCAGGCAUAUGGCCACGCAUUCUCCACAGAAGACCCAUCAGUGCUCAUUCUGUGAGAAAAUGUUCCACCGCAAAGACCACCUGAAAAACCACCUGCAGACCCAUGACCCUAACAAGGAGGCCUUCAAGUGUGAGGAGUGUGGGAAGCACUACAACACCAAGCUGGGUUACAAGCGCCACAUGGCCAUGCACUCCGCUACGGCGGGGGAUCUCACCUGUAAAGUCUGCAUGCAGAGCUACGAGAGUACGCCGGUUCUCCUGGAGCACCUCAAGAGCCACUCUGGGAAAUCUUCAGGAGGCACCAAGGAGAAGAAACACCCGUGUGACCACUGUGACCGUCGUUUCUACACCAGGAAGGAUGUGAGACGGCACAUGGUGGUCCACACGGGCCGGAAGGACUUCCUGUGCCAGUACUGUGCUCAGCGCUUUGGCCGGAAGGACCACCUGACACGCCACGUGAAGAAGAGCCACUCGCAAGAGCUGCUGAAGAUCAAGACGGAGCCACCAGACAUGUUAGGUCUUUUAGCUUCUGGGUCACCACCCUGCUCUGUGAAGGAGGAGCUCAGUCCCAUGAUGUGUGGCAUGGGUCCCAACAAAGAUCCCAUGAUUGGCAAACCGUUCCCAAGUGGAGCUCCCUUUCCAAUGGGCAUGUACAACCCCCACCAUCUCCAGGCGAUGUCCAACACUGGGGUAGGUCACCCACACCCGUCCCUGAUGCCCAGCCCCUUGUCUGCAGCUAUGGGCAUGGGCUGUCACAUGGAAUCCCCUGGAUCUCUUCAUCCACACUCCCACCACCACCACCACCAUCACCACCAUCAUCAUCAUCACCAUUCCCCUCCACUUCCCCCCCACCACCAGUCUCCGGGUCCCCAGCAGCAGCACCAGCCCCAGCCAGCCCCCAAAUACCAGCUGGGAUCUACCUCAUACCUGCUGGACAAGCCCUUGAAAAUGGAGAUGGAGAGCUUCCUCAUGGAUCUGCAGAGUGGCUUGCCAGGUCCAGUUCCCUCUAUAGAGCCCCACGCUGCUGCCUCGCCCCCCAAGGACGGACUGGAGCCCACCUCGGGCCUGACAGACGAGCUUUGCGGGGAUCCACUCCUGUCCAAGAGUCCCGCCGUGAUCGCAGAGUCUCUGUGUGCUGCUAACAUGGACUUCUCCCACUUGCUGGGGUUCCUGCCCCUCAACCUGCCCCCCUACAGUGCCCCCAUGAGCACGGGAGGGCUGGUGAUGGGCUACACCUCAUCUGCGACCUCCUCCUCCUCGUCCUCUUCCUCCUCCUCAUCUCUGCAUGCUGUCGAGCCCCACGCCGCUGCAGUCGCUGCGGCAGCAGCUGCUGUACCUCUUACCUCUUUGCAACCGCAACCUCAGGAGCAGCAGAGCUCCGGCGGGGGUCUGGGCCUCGGAUCCUUGCACCCACUUGCCCCAGUGUUCAGCUCCAGCCUUAGUACCACCACUCUGCCUCGCUUCCACCAGGCCUUCCAGUGAAAGAGAGCGCGGCGCUGCCCAGGCCAGGACGGUCUGCCACGACAGCCUCAGCUCCACUCAGACUCAGAGGCUUUUUCAGGCGUUGGCUCUUCACUGAGCCUCAUUAAAAAGUAGGAGAAUUCAAAUAAAAAUAAAAACACACUCACACACACACACACAAGCACAGAAGCCUUUAAAGAAAGUCCACAAAAGCUUUUGAUUGAGGAAGUUAAACCCCUUAAAGCAAAAAAAGGAAAAUGUAAGAAACCAAGAUGAUGCAGCUUUUAUUUGGGCUCCUCCCCCCCCGCCCCCCAUAUCCCAUAGUUAUAACGAUAUAUUAACCCUUCUUU